AUGCAUAAAACCCAUCACUCAUAAAUUACAUAUGAGAAUCAAGAUGAACUUUAACAAGAAAAUUAAAACUCUUCUUUGUUGGAAAUUAAAUCCUAUUAAUAAUAUGCUUACAGAUGGGUAAUUUUAAUUUGUUUUCUAAGUGUUGUUUUUAUUAAUGGUAUUGCAUAUCAAACAUUUAUUCCUAAUGCAAAAUAAGUAUCUAAAUAUAGAUUAUAAAAGUUUAUAGAAUUGUAUGAUGUUAGCGAAUAAAUAAUAACACUAUCAGGAACAAUAUAUUUGAUAAUGUAACCAUUGUUCACAUUUUUUGCAUCUUCAUGUAUUUAUCAAAUAUAAAAAAACUAGUUAUAGUAAAUAAGGGAUUUGCUUUAUCUUUAAAUUUUGGAGUAUUAUUAACAAUAGUAGGAUAUGUUAUAAGAUUAUUCAUAAAUAAAUUUUCAUUUUCAAUUGUUAUAUUAGGAUAAGCAUGUCUUGGCAUUUCAAGACCCUUUAUUUUAAAUGGCUAGAUUACUAUGGCUUAGAAUUGGUUUUAUCCUUCAAAUCGAACAGCUGUAUUAACUGUAUGUAAUGUAUUUUAAACUUUUUCAAUGAUAAUCAGUGUUAUAUGGCCUGCAAAUUGGAUUUUCCAAGAUUAUUCAUAUAAAGAUGAGCUUAAAGAAUAAGGUUUAGAAUUAUCUUUAAAAUUACAAUACUAAUAAUUUUUUUUAAGCCUUUUAUUGAUUCCAGUAAUAUUUUUAAUAAGAAAUAAUCCAGUAACACCUCCUUCAAGUUUUACUAAUACAGAUAUAGAUAUUGGAAUUUAAUAAUCAAUAACAAAAUUAUUAACAAAUAAAAAUUUCUUACUAAUUCUUUUAACAUUUAGUUUUUAUUUUGGAACUAUUAAAGGAUAUGGAUUAAAUGUUCCUUAUUUAAUGUCUCCAUUUGGAUUUGUUGACACUCAUUAUUCAAUAGCCUCAUCAAUGUUAAUAAUAGGUGGAUUUAUAUCAGCAGGAAUGGUAUCUAAAGUAGUUUUAAAAUUUAAAAGAUAUAAAGCUAUUGGUAUUGUUUUACUAUCAAUAUCUUUAAUUUUAACAUUAUUAACAUAUCCUAUUUUAAUGACAGAGUAAUUUAUACCAUUAUGCAUCUAAUAAUUAUUAUUAGGAUUUUUCUUAAUCCCAAUGGUUCCAGUCUUAAUGGAAUACGGUUGUGAAGCAAUUUAUCCUAUAGAUGGCAGUUUUUCAAUUGGAAUCAUGGUCUCAGGUUCAACAAUAAUGGCUUUACUGAGUAGCAUUUUAUUAACUUAUACAGCUAAAGGUAAAGAUAGUAAUAAGUAAAGUGCACUAAUUACUACUAUUAUUUGGUGCAUCAUAUUUAUAAUGGGAUUUUUAUUUUUUUUAUUCACAAAAGAAAUCUUAAAUAAAACAAAAGAUUAGGAAAAAAAAUUAUAAUAAAAAUCAGAUUCAGCAAAUUCUAAUAAAAAUAAUUAAACUUCAAUUAAUGAAUCCUUUCAUUCUGAAAAUAUUAAAACUCAAGCUGUUCAUCCAACAGGAGAUGAAUACUUAUUUUUAUCAAAUUCUAAUGAUUUUAACUAAGAUAAUAAAAAAAGUGAUCAAUAAUAAUGA